UUACUAUCAGUCGAUAACGAUCAAAUCGUCUUUCUUUGUCUAUUGUUCGGCGACCCAAUCCCUUGGGGCGAUUUAUCUCGUUUUGUAGCAUUGAUUGGAUUGUGAAUACUCGUCUUUAUCUAUGUUGUGAAUUUCCAGUUCUUCAUGUUGACCAGUGUAACGAAACUGACGUUUCAUGACCAACAACAAGAAUAUUGAGUCUGUGAUGGACCUGCACACCAAGCAGAGGCAAUUCUCCGGGCAACUUUACAAGUACACAAAUGUGGUGAAAGGCUGGCAGUAUCGCUAUUUUUUGGUAGACGCAAAUGGGGGCCUGCUGCACUAUUACCUGUGUGAGGGCGAGAAGCCCGAGGGCUCGGUGCCAAGGGCUUCUUUACAUCUAGCUGGAGCUGUGAUUUGCCCCAGUGAAGAAGAUUCAAGGACAUUCACAGUGAACUGUGCUUCUGGUGAUAUGUUGAAGCUGAGGGCUGUCGAUGCAAAGGCGAGACAGGAGUGGGUAAAUGGGUUGAGAGCAGUGGCUGAGUCCCACACAAAGGCCAUCUCCGCCAACAAUCCCCCGUUACCUCCAAAGGAACAUCUGGCCGUCUUAGACGCGUUGGGGUGUGUUCGAUCGCAACUCCAUCAAACCGAGCAAGCCGACUCCGCUCUAUGUAGAGCCAUUGAGUCGGCUGGCAGCAAGUAUUUCGUCGAUCCCAACCUGCUCCUGCUCAAAGCCACAUCAGCAGCCAGUUUGCACUGUCUGAAUCAAUGCUUGAACAUUUUGCAACGGAAUCAGCACGCUCAACAAAGCCGAACAGGGUUUGUGAUAGACGACGAUUAAUAUUUUCGGGAAAAGGGCAUCACUAAUUGUAUCGGGUAUUUGUGUGAAUGUAUUUUGCGGGCCUGUUCUAGGGGACCUGUCGGUCGACAUCAGCAUAUCAAAUAUUAAAAUACGCGAAUGUAUUUUAUAGAUUUAGAGUUCUAGUGUGGGACGGAAGCGAUAGGGCAACGGAAACUAAUUUGGAGUCAAUUGUUUUUGAAAAAUCGUUUACAACUCAGCUUGAUAAUAUUCAGGAUAUGCACUGGAUAGUUUUGAAGAAAACCGCGAUACGCCACUUGAAUGACUUUGGUCUCCUAAUUUUUUUCGCUCAUCGCACGUGUUUUGUUGAAAACAAUUCAGUUCAUUCACAGUUACAUUUAAACAAUAAUGUAUUUAGAUUCUUUCAAUUUUAUAGCUUAGCAGUUUAAAGGUUGGUCGCUUAAAUCGACUUUUGUUUAAAGUUACAUACAUAAAUUGCAUCUUUUCCAUCAAAGUCGAGCGCGAUCAAAAUUAGUAAAUUUAAUUUUUUUUACGUACAAACCACACUUUAAAUGAAAAAAGCGAAGCUCAAAUUUGCUAAGGAAAUAAUGAUGAUUUGUAAACGAUUUUUGCUUGAAGAAAAAGCAGUGGCGUAUCACUUCAGGAUCUGAAAAAAUGAUUCAGUGCAAACCCUGUCGGAAUGCCACUGGCAAAAACAAACAAUUAUGUUUAACGAAAAAUGCCUUUUGAUGAACGGAGGAUUUAAAAAACCAAAUUUUUGUAAAAGUCUUGUAAUUCAAAAGAUACCAUCAGGACUUAUUUACGUACUUUCAAGUACAAAAAAUAAAAAAUAGAGUUCGAUUCGGGUUUUUGCAUUGUUUUAAGGAUUUAAAUCUUAAACCGUUCGCAAAUGAAAUGAAUGCGUCUUUGUUAUCAGCAGAUAUAAUAGGUAGUGUAUAUAGUUUAGAAGGAAAUACUUCCAUUAGUUUUUAAUCGUAUAGGACGCAAUUGGCCCCAUAUUAUGGUGUAAGACUAACAUGAUAAAUAUAUUUUAUGUUACUUUAGGAAGAAUAAGUUAGGAAGAUUGUCGCAUAUGUCGAUGGUAAAGAAAUUGAGUCUGAAGAAGUGGAAUACCCUGUGAAUCUAUCUGACUGCAUUUUAGCAGCGCGUCACAAGUCUAUACUGUACUGUACAUAGUUUUUUGUAUGUUAUACAAAUAAUAUUAAAGGAAUUGUACCAAGA